AUGCGUCCUUCCGGGUUGCUGAAAACCAGCAGUAGAAGAAGAAGAAAACGAAGACGCUACAGAAGAAGAAGAAGUUGUCAACCCGGCUCAACCAAUGAAUGGAGACUGGGAGGAAACAUCGCUCGACACUUUUCUCUCCGCACUUUUCCGUCUUUCUGGCCGCCUGUAGCCUUGAAGACACCAUGAAGUCUGAGCUGUGACAGUUCCUGUUGUUCCCCAAACACUUCCGCUGCCAGAAAAACCAGACCGACCGCCGGCUAACUCUCCUCGGGUGUCUCCGCGGUUACUUUCCGGUGUCUGUGUGUGUGGUGGUCUGACCGGGAGAGGCUGCAGAGAUGUCGGGCAACGGGGGCUCGGCUGUCGGCCUUCUGUCUUACGAGACACUGGUUCACGCUGUGGCAGGUGCAAUGGGGAGUGUGACAGCCAUGACCGUCUUCUUCCCUUUGGACACAGCCAAGAGUAGACUGCAGGUGGAUGAGAAGAGAAAGUCAAAGUCAACCCCCAUCAUCUUGGCUGAGAUAGCAAAGGAAGAAGGCCUUCAGUCUCUGUACAGAGGCUGGUUACCAGUCAUUUCCAGCCUCUGCUGCUCCAACUUUGUCUACUUCUACACCUUCAACACGCUGAAGAAGCUGACAGCAUCUGGUCCUGGAAAACCCAGACCUGGCAAAGACCUGCUCAUGGGGGUUGUAGCAGGGGUGGUGAAUGUGAUUACGACCACUCCCAUGUGGGUGGUCAACACUCGACUGAAGCUGCAGGGAGUAAAGUUCAGGAAUGAAGAUCUCCAUCAGACCCAGUACAAGGGCAUCUUUGAUGCUUUCUCACAGAUCAUAGCCAAUGAGGGAGUGGGAACUCUGUGGAACGGCACUCUGCCCUCACUCAUCCUCGUCGUCAACCCGGCUGUACAGUUCAUGUUUUAUGAGGCCAUGAAGAGGAGGGCAGGCAGGGGAGGGAAGAAGAUAUCCUCAGCAGAGAUCUUUCUCAUUGGAGCCAUUGCCAAGGCCAUCGCUACAACAGCGACGUAUCCUCUUCAGACAGUUCAGGCCAUCCUGAGGUUCGGCCAGUACAAAGGUGACGGCAAGGGCAGAUUGAUUGGAAGCCUCUCAAACAUUUUCUCUCUGCUAAUGGAAAGAAUCAAGAGGUAUGGUGUUCUCGGGUUGUACAAAGGCCUGGAGGCCAAGCUGCUACAGACGGUGCUGACGGCUGCCCUCAUGUUUGUUGUGUACGAGAAGAUCACUGCUGCUACCUUCAAGGUCAUGGGCCUGAACAAGAAGCUGAAGCACUGAACACACGCCUACUUGAAUACAGUACGGCAUUAGUACACUCAUCAUCUGUAGGUCGUAUCAGUGGCUGCUAAUCUUUUGUUAAUGCCAGGUAUUGUUUCAGUCAAAAUGAGAAAAUAAAAAAAUGGGACAGGUACCUUUUAGGACCACAGAUUCCCACGCUUGCCCAAAAAAUACACCAAAACCAGAGUAGGGUGUGAUACUCGUAAUAAUAACCUCUUUUUUAACCUUUAAAGUCCCAGUGAAGUGGAAGUUAUUUCACAGUGAAGCAGAAUAUUUGGGCAGGGUACAGCAGUGUUGUAAGACCACCUAAACUGAGACCAAGUCAUGACCAAGACCUGAGUGUAGUGAGACCAACACAAGACCAAGACUCUAAGGGGCUGAGACCAAGUCAUGACCAAGACCAGUGUAUUGUGAUCAACACAAGACCAGGACUAGACCAGUGCAAGCUCCACACUGCAGGACACACUUGGGAUAUACUGUGAAACAUGAUAGGCACCCCUCGAAUUGAUCUGAAAGCUGAACUCAACCACCUUUAUUCAACUUUUCUUUUUAUGCAAAAGCAAUUAAGUGAUGUACCUGCAGUUGUGGUCUUGCCCGAGCCAUUUGAUGAUAUUACCUUUGAUAAAAUUCCAAGUCCUCUUCGCCUGAGACCGAGACAAGACCAAGUAAAUAUGCAGAAAUGUCUUAAACAACCGAGGACUUCAAAAAGAGGUCUCAAGACAAAGACCGAUUCCAAGUGCUACAACACUGGUGUGCAGUUUCAAGAGGGAUUUAGAUCAAAUCCUUCGCAUUUGAUUUGACUGCUUAAAAGUAAAGGCAGGCUUAGAGUUUAGCGUGAAACAGAGCUAUAGCGGCCUAUUGGCUCCGCAGACACCACCCUCACCCUGUCAGGAAGAGUACAAUGGCGAGAUGAAAAAAUAGACCUUAGCCGUUUUGUCCACAGAGAACCAAACACACAUUUCUUCCUAUUUUUCUUCAUAUCCCUCUGUUAACUAUCACAAUCAACUUCCAGGGCUGAAAAAUGAAGCCGACAUGGAAGUGCCAAUAACUGCAAUUCUUCGAAUGGCCACGUGGGGCUGGCUCCAGAAGCCAGUCAGUCCCCAUAGACCCCAAUGUUACAAUGCCCACCUUUACAGCAGGGGUAAACAUGUUUACAGCCUGGUACAAAAACAGGUCUCUGUCGCUAAUGUUCCUGUCCAUGACAACUGUUCAGGAGUGAAUUUCUAUAUAAGUCACCAACAUUUCAUUAAGGCUUAAAGUUACGCAUAAUUAAGGGCAGGCUGCUUUGAGUGAGUGUGCCAAGGACACUGUCAUUCAGUGUCCUUGGCUUCUCAUUUAGAUCCACCCUGCGGUCCUCCACUGCGCCAGCCUCUCGCCCAAAUAUGGUCAUUUCUGGCUCCAAAAAAAACCCAAAAUGGUGACUACCGAAAUGCCGAACUUGAGGCUUAAAACUGGAGUCCACAAACCAGUAGGUGACAUUAUGGUGCCUACGUCCACAAUUUUUACAGUCCAUGAUUCCAACCCACAAACAGUGAAGUGCUCUUUUAUAUUACCACUGUAGCUAGCUAGUCCAAAGUCUCGCCCAAAGUUUCCUUAUCACGCCUGGGUACAGGAUGAGUCAUUCAACAUUUGAAACAUUACCUAGUUUUGCGGAAGGAAAAGAGACUGGAUUUAUGAUUUUUUUUUUAACAUAUAUUUGGCAUGUAGCGAUCAAUUAACAUUGAGGCAAAGGAUUAAAACUGGGGAAAUUCCUUUUUCAUUUCACUGGGUCUUUAAAUGGUUCCAUUUGUGCAGACUGGCCUUGAUUUCCUCCACAGGUGAAUCUCUGUUGAGACCCUCUAAGUGAUGUCACCAGCUGAGAUUUUAAAACUAGUGUGGGAACACAUCACACUAUUUUGUGAAGGGAAAGUUGACAUCAUAUGACAUUUAGGGAAAUUGAUUGCACUUUGAUUAAAACCAAAAUUUGUAUCGAUCCUCUCAUCGAAAUAUCAGCAAAAAAGUGAACACUCUUUGUUCCUAAACUGUGGAACUUUUCCUUCGACAUUAGGGGUCUAAUGGAAAUGAUGACACCAAUAAGUUGAGCUGCCUACUCUGGUAUUGCCUUGACUUAAGAUACUGGACCAUUCUUCACACACUGUCUUAUGUUUUAACUGUGAAUUUAACUCAGUUUGAUAGAAACCUCACGAAAUUUUUGCCAGAUUAAUGUUUUUUAAUAUUCUGACUUGUGAUGUCAUCACUACACACACAUCAGCAGUAAUAAUAAUAAUGAUGGUGAAAGGGAGGAGAGCUCCCGUUCAUUUAUUCAUUUAUAGACUUUUGUGUCAAGCUCAGCAAGGUCUUGGUUUUAACAGUUAUAAUAUAUUAAGUGAAAAUGAAUUUAAUAUAAAUGGAAUAAGUGGGUGGCAAUACAGUUUGAGAGUAGAACGUACAUGUGUGUAAAUACUGCAGUAGGUGCUAAGUGCCUCUAUGAACUGAUGUAAACGCCCUGAUGACUGUUCUUAAACUCACAAUGCUCUUAAUUGUCAACUGUCUUUACAACUGUAUUGGUCAGUAUGAACAUUUGUCUCACAGUGUCCUGUUAGUAGUGUUGGUUAUUCAGGGUUUUGCAUUAAUUUACAGUAUUUGUUUAUCACCGUGCUCUUUUUUUCUGAUUUAUUGAACGGAUGUUUCUGCUGCCUUUCACCUUUAAACCUCACUGACACUUGAUUCACUUCAUUGGUUGUUGUUGGACUAGUUGUUCAACCUGUUAACAUGAGUUUUAACUAUUACCAGAGGUGCUGCUCUCAAUAUUACUUUGUAACAUCACAUGUAGAAAAUCAUUUUGUCUGUUUGUUGUAUUAAAUUGUGUGUAACCAAGGUGCGAGUAGUAAGGAUACUGUCAACUUAAUGACAAUAGAAAUGACGUUAUUUACCAGAUGAGCUCCUUAUCAGACCUUUUUGCUGUCUCACACACUUCCUGUUCUCAGUUACACCAUAUAUUUGAGUGUCAGUGAAUUAUAUACCUGCGUAAAGAGA